CACCGUUGCACUCUCCCCCCCCACCCCCGCGCCGAGGCCGUGCAGUCCCCCCCGAGUCCCCCUCACCGGCUCUUCAUUACACUUCACUCCGGGCGCCGCAGCAGACACCAUCACAAUCCAAAAUGAGCAAGCUCGUCGCCAAAAUCCCCGUGAUGGCCAAAGCGGCUGUGGACUCCGCCACACCAAAAUUCAACACUUUCCUGCGGUACGCCAGGGUAGAGCUGGUGCCACCCACUCCUGCUGAGUUUGGUGGUGUUACUCAGGGCUUCAACAACAUCGUCAAGAGUGCGAAGACUGGUGCCUGGAAGAACAUGCCUGUCAAGGAUGCCUGGCGCAACACCCUUGUAACUGCUGAGGUCCUGUGUUGGUUCUUCGUUGGCGAGUGCAUCGGCAAGGGAACAUUGGUUGGUUACCAAGUCUAGAUAUAUCCCCAGGAUUCUGUAAACUUUAUGUAUGUAUGUAAUGUGUAGACAGAAUCAUCACUUGUAAAAAUUGAUAUCGAUAUAUACAUUUUAUGAACUAA